ACACGAUUCGGUGAGUCUUGCUGUUAAAGGAUAAUUCACAUAUCAAAGCAAAUGGCUGAGAAAGUUGCUCUUCUUGAAAGUUUCCUGAACUGCCAUGUGUGUUCAGAGACUUUCAGAGAUCCUGUGUCUCUGAGCUGCAACCACACAUUCUGUUCAAGCUGCCUGCACAAAUUCUGGGAACAAGCUAAAAACAAAAACUGUCCUAUUUGUGAAAUAAAGUGCUCAAAAAAUGAUCCAGAUGCAAACUUAACACUGAAAGAACUUGCUGACUCUUUUGCCAAGAGACAGAAUAAUGCUUCACCUGAGACAGAAAAAGAAAAGGAGAAAGAGGAAGUCGUGUGUGAUAAACAUCCAGAAGUCCCUUAUUGGUUCUGUGAGGACGAGCAGAGAGCUGUGUGUCCUGUCUGUGAGUUUUCUCUCCACCAGAGUCACAAGGUGGUUCCUAAAGAACAAGCAGUCAGUGACCUGAAGGACCAGCUGAAAUCUGACUUAGAGUCUCUACAGGACAAGAGGGACAAAUUCAAACAAGUGGAGGAAACAUAUAAUGAAGUGAUUCAACACUCCAAGAAGCAGCUGUUGUCCUCAGAGCAGCAGAUCAGAGCAGAGUUCAACAAGCUCCACCAGUUCCUGAAAGAGGAAGAGGAGUCCAGACUGGCAGCUCUGAGGGAGGAAGAGGAGCAGAAGGGGAAGACCAUCAGCAGGGAGAUGAAGAUGAUUCAGGAGCAGAUCUCCUCUCUGUCAGACAGCAUCUUUGCUGUUGAAGAAGACCUGCAGAAACACAACGUGCCAUUCCUCAGCAGUUAUAAAGCCACUCAGACCAGAGCCAGAGUCCAGUGCUCACUGUCAGAGCCACAGCUGGUCUCAGGAGCGCUGAUAGAUGUGGCCAAACACCUGGGCAACCUGUCCUUCAGAGUCUGGGAGAAGAUGAAGGACAAGGUCCACUUCAGUCCUGUCAUUCUGGACCCAAACACUGCAAACCCCCGUCUCUAUCUGUCUGAUGAUCUGACCAGUGUGAGACAUGGAGACACAAAGCAGCAGCUUCCUGCCAAUCCAGAGAGACUCACAAUGUAUGCCACUGUUCUGGGCUCUGAGGGCUUCAGCUCAGGGAAACACAGCUGGGAGGUGGAGGUGGGAGACCAUCCUGUCUGGCUUGUGGGUUUGGUUAAAGAGUCAGUCGACAGGAAGGGGGAGGCAGGCGCCUCGCCAGAAUAUGGAAUCUGGUGUUUAUCACAUGACAGUGGAAAAUACACUAAUGGUCUUGGUGGGACUGUCACAGUGAAGAAGAUUCUCCAGAGGAUCAGAGUCCAGCUGGACUAUGACAGGGGGAAAGUGUCCUUCUACGACCCUGAAGACAUGACUCACAUCUACACUUACAGAGACACUUUCACUGAGAAACUCUUCCCAUAUUUUAACAUUGGUCCGGCUAAUGAUGCUAAAACCACUGAUAUCAAAAUCUGUCAGACUCAGAUUUGUGUGUGAUGUUCAGGAAUGUAAGUUGUAGUUGUUGUUGUUGGUGGCGGUAGUUAGGCUGACAUAAAAUUCCAGAAAAGUUAUGCUUUACAACACGAAUCUCAGUGAUACAGUUUAACUAACAAGCAUUGUUCAUCGGUUUCCUUUUUUUUGUUCUUCUACAUCUUCUGCAGAGUUGAUUCUGUGUCAGAGGUCACAGAAAUGUUUUGCUUACUGUCUCUACAGUCUGAAAUGAAUUAUUCAGAGUGGUUUUCAUGUAGGAAUUUCAAUUAAUCUCAAUAAAUGUUUGUAAUCAAUUUUAGUUUAGCCAAAAUGUAUUAGAAAUUCAAACUUGUUUUUUAUGUUUGACUUUGCACUUACUAUUUAAAUUAUGUCAACUGAAUAUUUGGUCAUGUAUGUAUCUAAUUACAUUGCUGCUUUUGUGGCUGUGUCUUUUAAGAAAAUAGAAUUUGAUUCUUAAUGAAUUUGUAUUUCAGGUGAUAAAGUUUUCUACAUGUAUGUCUGUUUCUAAGAUCGGAAUGAAUUAGCUUAAUAAGAAGCCUCUUGUUUUUCGUCAGUUAGUCACAAUGUAGUGUGUGUGUGGAUAAUUAAAUAGUUUUCACUUUGGGGGCUGUUUUACUCCUAGGACACGAGAGAUUUGAUGAUUUUCUGAUUUAGUUUUUUGGAAGUGGUGCUGCAUACUGUGGCUGCCAUUUUGUAUAACCAUGUAUGCUGUGAUGCAGUGGAUGAAAAUGAUUUUCAGUUGACGAAACAAAAUACAGUUGCAUUUGUCUUUUGUGUUUAGGUACAUCAUAAUUUACACCUGGUGGAUGGUACUUGGCAUAAUGUGUCAGUCAGAAAAGAAGAGUAGACUGGUGUGUUUGAACUUCAUGACUUCAAUACAAAAAUGCUCUAAAGAAAUAAAACGUAACAUUGCACAAUGCUGUUGUCAAUGA